AUGUCUGCAUUGUCUGAAUUCUGGCGUCGACAAGCACCGCCUGGCGGCAUGCCGCCCCCGGUGUCGAAUCCUGACGAGAACGAGAGCACCCAUAUCGCGGCCACGACGCUGGCCGUCACGAUCAUCGCGCUGGUGAUUGUAGCAAUAAGAUUCUACGUACGAAGCUUCCUAGUGAGAUCGCUGGGCUGGGACGACUGGCUCAUGGCAGUGGCCAUGGCAGUGUCCAUCACAGCAUCAACGUUCGUUGUCGUGUCAACAUAUUACGGCCAAGGAGAACAUAUCGGCGACGUUGACCCAAGCACCUACAUGAUUGGAAUGAAGCUGAAUUUCCUCUCGCAACCUUUUCUGAUGUGGGGAGUUGCCUUCGUCAAGCUCUCCGUAGGAUUUGCGCUCUUACGUAUCGCAACACAAAAGCGCUUCAGAUGGCCAAUCAUUGGCAUCAUGGUCUUCAUGACCAUCUACACUGUUGGCUGCUUCACGACCCUCUUCACCCAAUGCGAAGACAUUCGCAUGAUGUGGAACCCGAGCAUCCCCCGUAAAUGCUACACGCCCAAGACCUCCCAAGCCCUCGCCUUCACCCACGCAGCCCUCAACAUCCUCACCGACUUCAUCUUCGCCGUCGUCAUCCCCAUCCCAAUGCUGUGGGGCCUGAACAUGAACAAGCGCACCAAGUUCGCCGUCAUGGGCAUUCUAUCUCUCGGUAUCUUCGUCUGCCUGGCAGGCAUCCUUCGCAUCCCCACCAUUGUCAACUACGGCAAGGCAGGUGACUUCCUGUGGGACAGCAACGGGUUGUGCAUCUGGUUCGUCGCUGAGCUGAAUACGGGUAUCAUGGCUGGGUCAUUCCCAGCGCUAAAACCACUUUUCAAGAAAUUGUUGGAUUCAACGUACCUGGGUGGCAGUCGGAACAACAAGUACGGAUAUGGCAUACAGUCCAGUGGGCAUGGAGGACACAAUCAGUCUGCCAAAGGUUUUCAGAACAUCAAAGUGAUGGAGCGGAGUCGCAGCGGAGCGGACGCGGACGACAUUUCAGAUGACUUUGAUGGGGCGAACAGUCAGCGGGAUCUAGUGCUGCCUCAUCACGGACAGAAAGACAUCGCUUUGGGCGUCAUCCAGAAGGAUGUUGUCACAACGGUCACGAGGGUGGAUGCUACGCCGACAAGCAAGGGACCAGGCAACAGAAGGUCUGGGAGGGGUGGGUACGCUUGGGAUCAGUGA